CACAAUCCAACCAGACGCUGCCGGCUGAGUGUUUAUCACGCGAAUGGGAGGCUGCUGCCUUACCGCCUGGCAGUCCCGCCGCGUGUGCUUACACGUGUGACGCGCUGACGCGCCGCUUCUGGAAGAUGAAGCUGAAGAUGCUCAACGGCGCCCCUCGGCGUGAACAUCUGGAUUUCAGCGAUAGUUGCCUUUUACCCGCCGACGUCUGCAAUGCUUUCAGUCUCGGUUCAAUUCACACGGCGUCUAAGCAAGACUCUACCCCUGCGAUGAAAUGGCGCUGCAUCGCGAAGAAGAACACGCGACUCCAGACGGAAUGGCAGCAGCCUUACCUCCCUGGGUCUCUACUCGGCAGCCACAUGGCAGAUGUCUCGCUCCCUGAAGUAGAGCGAUUCGCAUCUUUCGCCAAUGACGACACAACCAAACUCGAUGCUACUCUUGAUUUCAACGACCCGACAAUGACAUGCGAUGGGCUGAUUGAGCAUUCACUCAUCUUCCACGAUACAUUGAUGUCGUCCCAGGUAGCACUGGGUGAAGGGCCUACCACUACAAUCAGCUCGUCAUCAUUUCUUGACACUUCCUUCGACACCACUACUUCAGGCUGCGAUAGUCCUGGCGAGUCUAGUCAACGCCUGUUAGUUCGUCACAUCCCACCCAAGUUGAGUAUAACUCCACUUGCCUCGCUCCCUAGCGCGCAAAAGCUACGAGCCAUCUACCCCCAGACACCAACACCCAACUUCGUUUGCGUUGUCACUGCCAAUCCCGAAAUGCGGGAAGUCUUUGUUCGAAAGCGUGGCUACAAAAUGGACCUUUGGGAAAUCAUGGUAGCAGAUGACUCUCUGUCUGGUUUCAAGAUUGCCUUCUGGAUGCGGCCUCCCUGCGAGUCAAAGGAGCAUACACAUGUUCAGAGUUCGCUUCUCGAGACCCUGCAAGGUCUCAAAGUGGGCGACAUUAUUCUGUCAAGGAACAUUGCCCUCACAUCAUUUCGCGACACAGUCUUUGGUCAGUCUUUGAAUCCAGCCAUUACACGCGUUCGAACACACGUCGAUGUUUUGAUGAAGAGCAACGGAAGUUCUGCCGUGCACUCUGGCAAGCUUCCUGCACCCGUUGACGAAGCCUUUGCAAGGGUCAAGAAAUGGGCGAGGAUACACAUUGCCUCUGAUAGUGCAGGCCCGCGGAAGAGAAAAGGAAGUGUACCAAAAGAUGACUAUGUGAAAAGACCGUUUGAGGCUAGCACUUUCGAUGCCUCGAUGCCUCCAGACACCCUGGAAAGCAUCUAG